AGAAAACAAGCAAGAGGGAAAAUGUGAAAUCCUAAAAGUUCAGCCCAAGGCAUUUUAGUUAUUUUCUAAGUAAAGAAAGAAACUCCAAAACCUUCGGCUGUAGGGACAAUCGCAGAAUUAGAUAGAGAGAUCAAGGGAGAGAGAUGAACAAUUAUAGCAGAAGAAGUGACGAAGAAGGAGAGAAGGGUUUGCUUUGGAAGCUUCCAGAGGUGAGGUUUAAAGAGUUGGGGAAGGUUGGACCUGCUUUCGGUCUUGGCGCCGGCUGCGGUGUUGGCUUCGGCGUCGGCCUUGUCGGAGGGGUUGGCUUGGGUCCUGGCAUCCCUGGUUUACAAUUGGGUUUUGGGUUUGGUGCUGGAUGUGGGAUUGGGUAUGGAUUUGGUUAUGGAGUGGGUAAAGGUGUGGCUCAUGAUGAGAAUCGGAGAUAUUCUAAUGUUGGAAAGUUCCUCAAUGGUCCAGCAAAUCUUCCAACACAGGAUGAGAUUGGUGCCCUUGUCGAUGAGCUAGUCAUCAACACCAAGAAGCUAGUCAGAGCAACUUCAAGAGAAAUUGAGAAGUGGAGAAAAUGAGUCAACUUUCUGUACAAAAAUCACAUUAUUUAGGAACUUAAUAAUGGUGCUGCAGCUAUUGUAUGCUAAUGUACAUAUAAUUGCAUUUACUGCGGUUGAAAUUGCUGAAGAUGCAUCUUUUCUUGGUGUUUUUCAUUAUAUUAUAGAAGGUAGGUUUUUUCUUAUUUAGUGGGAAUUGUUUUGUAAACCCUUUAUUGGUUCAUCCAUCGCUUCUACGGAAAACAUAGUUCCCAAAUGCUAAAGCAUGCUGACCAAACUUUGGCA